GACCGACUUUCACUUUUCUUUUCAAAACAAGCCUAACAGAAGCACGUGUGUGACAUGAUGACAUCCAAAGAGGUUUUAUUGACAAGUGAAACAACAGGACAGCUGUGGAAUGUCUGUGUCUGGGAUGUUGAGUCAGGAACCAGUGUAGUCACAUAUAAAGGAGGGACAAGUGCCCCGCAUGGCUUGGCUGUAUUAGGACAACAAUUUCUCAUCAGUGCAUCUCCCACAAAACCUGUGUUAACAUUAUGGCCACUUCAUAAAAGGGACAACACAUGUACCAAGAUGGUUUGUCCGGGAACAGUAUCGGCUGUGGCUGUCACAGAGGAUGGGGCAUACUGUGUCGCUGCCAUAGCAGAGAAAAUCUAUAUUUGGCAGACCUGUACAGGACGCCUACUUAGUGUAUUAAGUAGACAUUAUCAGACCAUUACAUGUUUAAAGAGUUCCUCUGGUAUAAUUGUAUCUGGUGGAGAAGACAGUCUUGUCAUCGUGUGGUCACUGGGAAAAGCCCUUUGUGAACAAUCAGAAAGCAGAGCCCCUGUGUCACCUGAUCAGGUGUGGUCUAGUCACUCUCUCCCAGUCACAGACCUACAUGUAGGGGUGGGAGGACACCUUGCUAGAGUUGUCUCCACCUCCCUUGAUCAGACUUGUAGACUGUAUGAUGUCAACAGUGGAGAGGUUCUUUGUACUUUUGUGUUCGAGGUGGGCAUGUGUUCUGUUGCAUUGGAUCCAGCAGAGUUCAGGUUAUUUGCUGGGAGCAGCACAGGUUCCAUAUAUGCUGUCAAUUUAUUUGAAAAACCAGUGAGAAGAGAGCGACACAUCACUGAAAACAGAGACGACAAAACUUGUCAGAGAUUUGAUGGUCAUGAAAAACGAGUGGAUUGUCUGUGUAUAACAAUGGAUGGAUGUCAGCUGGUGUCUGGUUCACAUGACCACAAAGUCAAAAUCUGGGAUAUAUUUAGUGGACAGUGUCUGAGAACAAUAGAACACAAAGGUCCAGUGACAAACACGUUACUAACCAUGGUCCCUCCUGGAAUUGUAAACCCGGACAUGAAGUGUACGCUUCCCCUCCGGCCGUUCCAAAGAGUGUUCCAUUCUGAUGCCCAGGAAGAGAAUAGCGAGGUCACAUUGAAUGUCCACCUCAAUAACACUGAACAAGAGGAAGAAGAAGAUAUUUUAAGACCCAACUCAGAAAUUCUUUUGGAUCUUAAAUACAGAUCAAAGGAACCUGAGAUUAUGGAUACAGAUGACAUUUCGUCCCAGGAAGUGAAUAGAAGAAUACAGAUGGCUAAUGAUUCUUCAGAUCUUUUAAAACUUAAAAAUGCUAAUAAAGAAUUAUUUCACUUUGCUGUUAGUACUCUAUUAAAGAGUAAAGACAAAUAAACUAAUGUUUACUUUCA